GAGUGGGUGGACAAGAACCGGCUGGCCCUCACCAAGACGGUCAAGGACGCGGUGCAGAAGAACACGGAGCAGUACAUGAGCGAGCUGGCCGAGCAGCCCGAGCGCAAGAUCACCCGCAACCAGAAGCGCAAGCACGAUGAGAUCAACCACGUCCAGAAGACCUACGCAGAGAUGGACCCCACCACGGCCGCCCUGGAGAAAGAGCACGAGGCGAUCACCAAGGUGAAGUACGUGGACAAGAUCCACAUCGGGCACUACGAGAUCGACGCCUGGUACUUCUCGCCCUUCCCAGAGGAUUAUGGGAAGCAGCCGAAGCUCUGGAUCUGCGAGUACUGCCUCAAGUACAUGAAGUUCGAGAAGACCUACCGCUUCCACCUGGGGCAGUGCCAGUGGCGCCAGCCCCCGGGGCGGGAGAUCUACCGCAAGAGCAACAUCUCCGUGUAUGAGGUCGACGGGAAAGACCACAAGAUCUACUGCCAGAACCUGUGCCUAUUGGCCAAGCUCUUCCUGGACCAUAAGACCCUCUACUUCGACGUGGAGCCCUUCGUCUUCUACAUCCUCACCGAGGUUGACCGCCAGGGUGCCCACAUUGUCGGCUACUUCUCCAAGGAGAAAGAGUCUCCGGACGGCAACAACGUGGCCUGCAUCCUCACUCUGCCCCCCUACCAGCGACGGGGCUACGGGAAAUUCCUCAUUGCCUUCAGCUACGAGCUGUCCAAGCUGGAGAGCACGGUGGGGUCGCCAGAGAAACCGCUCUCGGACCUGGGCAAGCUGAGCUACCGCAGCUACUGGUCCUGGGUGCUCCUGGAGAUCUUGCGGGACUUCCGGGGCACCCUGUCCAUCAAGGACCUCAGCCAGAUGACCAGCAUCACGCAGAACGACAUCAUCAGCACGCUGCAGUCGCUCAACAUGGUGAAGUACUGGAAGGGGCAGCACGUCAUCUGUGUCACCCCCAAGCUGGUGGAGGAGCACCUCAAGAGUGCCCAGUACAAGAAGCCGCCCAUCACUGUGGACUCGGUUUGUCUUCGCUGGGCCCCCCCCAAGCACAAGCAGGCCAAGAUCUCCAAGAAGUGACCAUCUCCGUGGUGUGGCUGAGGCUGGGGAGGAGCUGCCGGCAGCGGUGUAGAACAGCCCACGGCUAGCGCUAAUAUGCCUGGGUUCGGCGGGGGGCUGGGGGCCCGGCCGCCUGGAUUUUUGGGGGGCGGGGUGGGGG